CAAAAAAUGGAGGGAAACAGAAUCAGAAACCGCUCGAGCUCACGAACCCCUCACCUGCUAAGCAAGAUCAGAGAGCUCACGAAAUCGGUACUCGGCGAUCUCGGCAACGGUCGAUCCCCGUCGCUCGCGAUCGACGUAUUCCGGAGUUACUGUAGGAACCCCAACGGAAGCUGUAGUUGCAAGCCCGAUUUUCCAAAGGGAAAGGAAAUCGUGACUUUUCGUAAGGAAUCGCAUGUGCAUAGGCUCGAUGUCUUGCUGAGAGUGCUGCUGAUCGUUCAGCAACUGCUGCAAGAAAACAGACACGGAUCAAAGAGAGAUAUAUAUUACAUGCAUCCUUCUGUAUUCAGAGAUCAGUCAGUUGUAGAUCGGGCGAUAAACGACCUUUGUAUCCUUCUCGGCUGCAGUCGCCACAACUUAAAUGUGGUUUCUGUAGGAAAAGGGUUGGUGAUGGGCUGGUUAAGAUUCACUGAAGCUGGGGCGAAGUUCGAUUGCAUGAACAACCUUAAUUCGGCCCAACCUGUUCCGGUGCACGUUGAAGAAGUUGAAGAUAUUUUAAGUGUUGCUGAUUACAUUCUAGUCGUGGAGAAGGAAUCAGUGUUCCAGCGACUAGCGAAUGACCAGUUCUGCAGGGCAAACCGUUGCAUUGUUAUUACUGGAAGAGGUUACCCAGAUAUUCCCACCAGAAGGUUCUUGAGGCUUCUCAUUGAGACAUUGCAUCUGCCUGCCUAUUGUCUGGUAGAUUGUGAUCCAUAUGGCUUCGACAUUCUGUCCACUUACCGAUUUGGUUCCAUGCAAAUGGCUUACGAUGCGAAAUUUAUGCGCAAUCCCAAAAUGAGCUGGCUAGGAGCUUUUCCUUCAGAUUUUGAGAAGUACGGUCUUCCAACAGAGUGUCUCCUUCCUUUGACAGCAGAAGAUAAAAGAAAGACAGAGGCAAUAUUACUUAGAUGCUACCUACAGCGCGAAGCGCCAGAUUGGAGGUUCGAGCUAGAGUUGAUGCUGCACAGGGGAGUGAAAUUCGAGAUUGAAGCCUUCUCGGUCCAUUCACUUUCCUAUUUGUCAAGGGAAUACAUACCGUCUAAAAUCCAUGGACUGCAGAACUGAAGACCAAAUCUCGUCGAGCAGUUUAUUGCCUGCAUCGACAAACUUUAGGAAUUUUGGCUUAUUGAAUACGAUUUUGUACAGUGCAGUGUCAAAACUCAUGGUGUUUACAGCUUCAGCGAAACAGAGGCAUUUAUUACGUCCAA